CGGCCGGCAGUCGGCAUUCAACUGUUCUACGUGGCGCGUCAAUAGUGCGACUACCGAACGGAACAUAUAAUACACCAAUCCUUUGUAUUCUAUUAUGACCAAAAAGGACAUGAUUUUUCGCCGGUUUGAGGAUUACGGAAAACUUGUCGGGGUGUCGAAUAGAAAGUGCAAGACUAGACUGGUAGUUUAGCCCCCCAUUUUUACAUUUUUCACUUUAUUUUGGACGACUUUUCGGAUAUCGGAUAAUUUGUUUCGUUAUCGUUUUUAAUUUUCUGCAUCUCGUAAAUAUUAAUUGAAAUUGAUCAUGUCGACGGGAAAAAGAUUGGCUAAGAGGUCCAUCAUAGGGACACGCGUUUGCGCUCCCGGAAUCGACGGCAGAUAUUAUUCCGGCGUUAUUCAAAAGGUCAAAACGCCUCCCGCUUUAUUUCCGGAUAAUUCAAACUGCAUUCAUCUCACGCCCAACACAAGAUACAGCGUGAGAUUUGACGACAGACAAGGAUCCAUGGGAAAAACUAUCAUGGAGUAUACAGAAAAUGACCUGGUUGGACCUGGAUUUAGAAACGUCACCGACGUCACCCUAGUUAAGGGCCAAAAAGUUUAUGUUACGUAUAACGGAAGAGAAGUUACUGGUGAACUUAAAGAAAAGUACGUCACCGAUGAUGUGAAAAUCGUCAUCAAUACCAAUGGAACAGACGAACCUAUAACAGUAAUCAAAAAGAUUGACGAUGUAAGACUUUUAGAAUCUAGGAAGUCUGCCAGAUUGGCUGACCAGGACACUGAUUUCGCCAGGUUAGCUGACAUGGCUGGUGAUCGAAAAAGAGCCGCUUCAAAUACCAUUGAUGUUCCACUGCCAUCCAAUCAUCACAACAAUCGAAAAAGAACGUCCAGUUUUUGCCAGGAUCGCGUUUCAUCUCCAAACCCCAUGGAUGAUUGUAGCGCGGCUAUGGUUUUGCUGUAUUUAUCAGCAUCGCCUCCAUACGCUCACGAAUUAUCUCCUGGUAGCAGUAGCUCAAAUUCAUCGAGAUCAACACCAUCUCCACCUUCACCACACGAAAGUCAAUUACUAUAUAUGGACAGUAGUCCAGAUGAAGGAGUUUUUAUGGAGUCAGAUAUGCCAAAAAGAAAAAAGAAGUAUCCAACGCUAGGAUUUCGUUGUUUAUACCGAGGAUGUCAACGCAGGGAAGUGAUAGAAGAUCUUAUGUGCGCUCAUGUACGAGAUGAACACAGCAAUUGUCCAGGUGAUGAAAUUUUCUAUUACGAUGAUAUCAAAGAGGAAGAUGAGGAAGAACACCAUUCUACGCUGCAAGCACCACAACCAACGCUUUCGCAUUUUGAUCUGACCCGUCCGCCUCAUGAAGACCCAGAGUACCAACGUCAACUUGUUGGUACGAUUCGUCAGAAAAUGAUGGGCGGCCCGAUACCGUUGGCGAACAAAAAGAUGUCACCUCCUGGCGGAUUUGGUGGAUUAAAAAUGUCUGCAUCACCACGUCGGGCGAGAGGCGACAGUAAAAAAUGCCGGAAAGUUUAUGGUAUGGAUAAUAAGGACCAAUGGUGUACGCAGUGUAAGUGGAAGAAAGCUUGUACCAGAUUUGUGGAUUAAAAAUGUAAUCAAAAAGUAAGAUUAAAAAAAACUUAAGGAUGUUUGUUUCUUAAAAAAUAUUUCUUUACAAAAAUAAGGAGAUGAAAAUAAGACUAUUUUAAGUGAUUAUUGUGAGAGUGGAGAAGAAUUAAUUUUGCUGGUUAUUUAUUUUUACCCCAUAUAGAAUGUUUACGUAUUAGUAUUUGUUAUUUAGAAAUUUAGAGUUUAAAGAUUGUUAAACAAAAAAAAGAAAAUGUAAAAUUUUUUAUUUGUAGGCAAAACGAUUUUUUGUACCAAUACUCGACGUACCAAUAACUGAAAUUUCUUGCGAUUAGAGGGAAAACAAAUUAUUUUGGUUAAACUGGUAGAUGUCAAAAUCUCGGGAAAAUGUGCAAUAUAUCAAUUAUACGACAAUAAUCAACCUAAUAAUAAUCAUUAAACCCAUUAGUACAUUGAAUCUCUUAUAAAGAAGUGGUUAGUUUGAAGAUGAUCAUAAUUCCAAUGUUUUAAGAUUUAAAGAAAUGACCUUUAAUGUAUUAAAAUGUAAUUAAAUUUGCUAUAAAACCCUUUUCAUUUCAUGCCGUUAUCUCAAUUAAUUUAUGAGAUACGUAUCUUUAAAGAUUUAUGUCUCUCAAUCCAACUUUGACAAUUAUGGUUAAAUUCAAAAAAUCGUAACCUCAAAAUUUGAAAAUUUGAAGAAUUGGCCUUCAUCAUACUAAUUAUUAAUUAAAU